AAUCCUAUUCUUGCUGUCCCUGAAUUGGUGUUGCUUGCUAAACAGCCAGAUUGUUGGCCCUCGAGUUUUACCGAAGAGCUUUGUAUAGCUCGUGGACAGCUUUUGGGCCGUCUGCAGACGUAUGUUAGCCGAUGGAUUUACGUAGGCAAGGAGCAUUCAUUGUUGGACUACUCAGCUUAUGACGAUCUUGCUGUCCCCGAAUUGUUGUUGCUCGCUAAACGACUGGAUAGUCGACCCUCGAGUUUCACCGAAAACAUUGAUUACACCGAUUCCAUUGAACAGUCACCAUCAAUAGCUGCACGUAGACAUCUUCUAACUCGUCUACAUACGUACGUUGGCCAAUGGAUUGACGCUGUUCUUGCCGUCUCCUGGCCAAUAGACAAGGAGCAUUCAGAGUGUAGAACUACCCAUGAUAAUAUUGGUUGCAACAACACUGAGGUCGAUCUGGAUGCCUCUGAUCGAGGGACCAUUGGUACUAAUGCUGAUAAUGGACCCUCUGCCUCGAGAAUUGCUCAACUCGAGGCAACUGUACAUAAAAAAAUUAGGCAAGAGGAUGAAUCAUAUACAUAUCUAGAAACCAGCCUUAAGCAUCAAAGUGAAUUAGCGCCGGACACAAGUGCUAAGCCACAUAGAGAAUUUUCUCGGUCUAUGUUUCGAGGGCCUUCUUGCAAACUACUCGAAGUUGGCAUGCUAUGA